AUGGGUGGAUGUGUAAGUCAUGAUCAAGACAAUCAUCGACGACGAUCGCAUUCAUCUCGAAGCAGUGCAACAACAAGCGGAACUACUGCACGAAACAAGCCAUUGAAUCGGUCAGCUUGCCGUCCAAAAUGGAAAUCAGAUGUACCAAUAACCGAAAGUCAAUUACGUCGUAAACGAGAAGAGUAUUGGGAUACGGCUCCAGCUUUCGAAGGUCGGAAAGAAAUCUGGGACGCUCUUCGUGGUGCGUGCUUUGCUGUAGACCAGAGCGAUAUUGAUUUAGCUCAGUCAAUUAUCAAUUGUGCAAAUAUUUCCUUGCCACAUGGCACACUAAUGGACUGCUAUGACGAGCUCGGCACUCGUUACCAAAUACCGGUGUAUAUCUUAUCAGCACCAAUAAACUUAGUCGAUGGUGAGCAGUCAUCAAUUAAUGAGAAUGAAUCCGGUGCAAGCGAAAUCGAUCUGGCUGCUACAGCCGUGGCUGAUCGUGAACGUGACUUUCGAGACAAUCAAAGUACAUCAACCCAGAGUCAACAUCGUACAUCAAGUAAAUCACCGUCAGGAAGUGUUCACAAUCCAAUUGUUCGUGAAAUCAAAAAGCAUCGACGAAAACAAAAGUCGCAUGUUGACUCGAGUGGGAAUGAAUCAUCGUCAACAAAUACACCGACACCACCAGUACUUGCCAAUCAACAACAAACAAAUAAUGACCAAGAUGUGGAAAUUCCCCUCAAAUUUCGUCUAUCGAAUGGUCGUGAACAUCGCCUCUAUUGCAAAUCAAAUGAGAAAAUUCGAAAUAUCAAAAAACGCUUAGCUCUGCUAGAAAACGGAGCGAUAGAUUCACAAAUACAACGGCUAUUUUUCGGUGGAAAAUUAUUACGUGAUCGAACAACUAUUGGUGAAACUCGUCUACAACGUAGUUUCGUUGUACAGGUCAUAUUACAAGAUCCUCCUCUGCCACCUAACGGUGCAAUAACGACAACUAGUCAUGUAAUGACUACAAAAGAUCAUGUAUUAUAUUCUCCACCGGUAGAAUAUCCUGAUGGUUCAAUGAUGGAGUAA